GAAGUUGUCCUGCUCCCCUAGUCGAUCCUCUCCCCUCCCCCUCGCGGAGUCGCCAUGGCCUUCGCCGCCCCAACGCAACUUCUCGGUCCCCAGAUCCACUCCUCUGCCGCUGCUCCGCGGAGGCGCAAAUAUAUGCCUAAUGACGGAACCAUCGUCCCUACAACUAUCAUCGUUCGGGCCCGCAAGAAAUCCCUUGCCGCUGCUCCAUGGACGCGCAAACAUAUUCCCUACGGCAGAACCAUCGGCCCUACAACUAUCGUCAUUCGGGUCUGCAAGAAAUAUAUCGCACCCUUCUCCGCCUCCGUUGUCUCCGUUGCCGCCGCGGCUGCUGGUGGGUUCAUCUUGAUCUCGUCGUUCCCUCCCUCUCCUCCCCCUAUCGACGGCGGCGGGGGCGGCGGGGGUUGGUUCCGCGGCGGCGGCGGUGAUGGGGGUGGUGGUUUCUGGUCCAACCUGUUCUCCCCGUUUGUGGCCCUUGCGAAGGAGGAAGGUGGCGGCGGCCAUGGGUGGGAUCCUCAUGGCCUGCCGGCCAACAUCGUUGUCCAGCUCAACAAACUGAGCGGACUCAAGCGGUACAAGAUCUCCGAGAUCCUCUUCUUCGACCGCCGUCGCUCGACCACCGUCGCCGGCACCAAUGACUCAUUCUUCGAGAUGGUCUCCCUGCGCAACGGUGGCGUCUACACCAAGGCCCAGCUCCAGAAGGAGGUCGAAAACCUAGCCUCUUCCGGCAUGUUCGAGAAGGUCGAUCUCGAGGGCAAGACCAAGCCCGACGGCACCAUGGCCCUCACGGUGUCGUUCACCGAGAGCACGUGGCAGUCCGCCGACGCAUUCCGCUGCAUCAACGUCGGCCUGCUGCCGCAGACGAAGCAGAUGGAGAUGGACGCCGACAUGACGGAGAGGGAGAAGUUGGAGUACUUUCGGAUCCAGGAGAGGGAAUACAAGAGGAGGAUCGAUCGGUCGAGGCCAUGUUUGCUGCCCGUGACGGUGCAGCGCGAGGUGCUGCAGAUGCUCCGCGAGCGGGGAAAGGUUAGCGCAAGGCUGCUGCAGAGGAUUCGGGACAGGGUGCAGAAAUGGUACCACGACGAGGGAUAUGCUUGCGCUCAGGUCGUCAAUUUUGGGAACCUGAACACUAGAGAGGUGGUGUGUGAGGUCGUGGAGGGCGAUAUCACUCAGCUCAACAUCCAAUUCCUUGAUAAACUUGGAAACUUAUGUGAAGGAAACACUCAGCUGGCAGUCAUUCGUCGGGAACUGCCGAGACAGCUUCGAUCAGGGCAUGUCUUUAACAUAGAAGCGGGAAAGCAAGCUUUGAGGAAUAUAAAUUCACUUUCCUUGUUCUCUAACAUAGAAGUAAACCCACGACCAGAUGAAAAGAAAGAAGGAGGAAUUAUAGUUGAAAUUAAACUCAGAGAAAUGGAUCAAAAGUCAGCUGAAGUUAGCAUAGAAUGGAGUCUUGUACCUGGACGUCAUGGACAACCAACUCUGGCAUCGAUCCAACCUGGUGGAACUAUUUCAUUUGAACAUCGCAACAUCAAAGGAUUGAACAGAUCAAUUGUUGGUUCAGUUACAUCAAGCAAUCUGCUCAAUCCUCAGGAUGAUCUGUCCUUUAAGCUUGACUAUGUGCACCCUUAUUUGGAUGGUGUGACCAACCCUCGCAAUCGUACCUUCCGUGUCAGCUGCUUUAACAGUCGAAAGUUGAGUCCUGUUUUCACCGGUGGCCCAGGUGCAGAUGAAGUUCCACCUGUGUGGAUUGAUAGGGCUGGUUUUAAAGCCAAUGUAACAGAGAACUACACCCGACAAAGCAAAUUCACUUAUGGGCUUGUGAUGGAGGAAAUCACACCUCGCGAUGAAACUAGCAGUAUAUGUACCCAUGGUGCUCGGGCACUGCCUAGUGGUGGUUUAAGCAUGGAUGGACCUCCAACAACCCUCAGUGGUAUUGGUGUUGACCGGAUGGCAUUUGCGCAGGCAAAUGUUACACGUGACAACACAAAGUUUCUAAAUGGUGCAAUUGUUGGUGAGAGAGAUGUCUUUCAGGUGGACCAAGGUCUUGGAAUCGGCAGCAACUUCCCCUUCUUUAACCGUCACCAGCUCACAUUAACCCGCUUCAUUCCAUUGAAACAAGUCGAAGAAGGCAUCGAUAAAUCAGCACCACCGGUCUUGGUUCUACACGGACACUAUGGCAGUUGUGUCGGAGACCUUGCAAGCUAUGAUGCUUUCACUCUUGGAGGGCCCUACUCUGUGAGAGGCUACAACAUGGGAGAGUUGGGUGCAUGUAGGAACAUUCUUGAGCUUGCUGCUGAGCUGCGGAUUCCGAUAAAGAAAACCCAUGUAUAUUUGUUUGCGGAGCAUGGAAACGACCUCGGCAGUUCGAAGGAUGUGAAGGGAAACCCAACGGAGUUCUUCCGCCGAGCUGGACACGGCUCUUCGUACGGUGCAGGUCUCAAGCUUGGGAUGGUGAGAGCAGAGUAUGCGGUGGAUCACAACACUGACACCGGUGCAGUAUUUUUAAGGUUUGGCGAGAGAUUUUGAAAGGAAUUCAUAUAGAGGAGAUGAACCGAUUCUCCGGCAUCAUCAUUUCCAAACUCGAAAGAUGAAAUAGCUGAUUCAUUUUGGGAUUUGCUUGCUGCAGCAGAAGAUUAAUUAGAUGUUGCAGCAGAAAUAGGACAGUUCCAGGAAAAGAUAACAGCAACUCACAUCAGAUGAUUCCCCCUUGCAAUAAUUGCCUAAGGCACCAUGGAAGCAUCUCAUCAUCUUUAUGUCUUACCUUUUCCUUUUUUUUCUCCACAUUUUUCUUCACUUUUUCAUGAGAAAUACAUAUAUAAACAAGCCAUCAUGCUAAAGAGAAAGCACCUCUAAUUUUUAACUGCAGCACUGAAGAUUAUUGAUUAUCAAAGACCAGCACACUUGUUCAGCAUUCCUCAGCGUUCUCUCGUCACAUAUAAAUAGGUAGUCUUGCAGUGGCUGCUGCAGUAAGAAGGAAAGGAAUGGCGACACACAAAGCACAUCUCUUCGUUUUCUGCCUCUGCUCGCUUACCUCUUUAUCAUGUUAGCUUCGAUCUCGAACUGAUACCGCCGAAUGGACUUUUAAGUGAUCUCGCUUUCUCUUCUUCCUCAGUCGCAGGUCAGAUUCAACUCAUCCUCGUCAACAACUGCAACUACAGCGUGUGGCCGGGCACGCUCGGCAACGCCGGCCACCUUACCCCCAAGGACGGCGGCUUCCACCUCGCCCGCUUCGAGGAAGCCGUCAUCGACGUGCCCGAGGGAUGGUCGGGGAGGUUAUGGGGCAGGACGGGCUGCUGCUUCGACGAGCACGGCGGCGGCUAUUGCGACACCGGGGACUGCGGCCGCCGGCUGCACUGCAUGGGCAAGUCGGGGGCGCCACCGGCGUCGGUGGUGGAGAUGACUUUGGGCACCGCCGCGUCGUCGCUUCACUUCUACGACGUGAGCCUGGUGGAGGGAUUCAACCUCCCGGUCACCAUGGCGCCGGUGGGCGGGGGGAUCGGGUGCGGCGUCGCGGGGUGCGAAGCGGACGUGACCGCCUGCUGCCCCGCGGAGUUUGAGGUGCGGCGGGGACGACGGGUGGUGGGGUGCAAGAGCGCGUGCUUGGCGCUGAAGGCCGACGAGUACUGCUGCACCGGGAGAUAUGGGUCGCCGACGAGUUGCAAGCCGACGCGCUUCUCCCACCUCUUCAAGUCCAUAUGCCCUCGUGCUUACAGCUACGCCUUCGACGACCCGACGAGCUUGAAGAAGUGCAGGGCGUCGCGCUACCUCAUCACCUUCUGCCCUCCUCAGCAUUAAGUCUGCUGUUUGCCUGUGUAUAUUUAACUCGGUGUCACUGACUGCGCGUGUAUUUUUUGUUCCAACGUAUCACCUUAUGAGAAUAAAUAGAACUUUCUUUGAGGAAA